AUGGAGAGGGAGCAAAUCGACUCCAACGUGAAGGAUGGGAAUUCCCCAACAUUGCCCAAUUUGAAGUCCACAAAUGAGGAGGAUAAAAUCAGGAGAGACAAAAAUGAGGACGGUCAAUGUGACCCUCCCCUGGAGAAAGACAUAGGUGGAGAUAUAAAUCCCCAUGCGCCCAGAAAACCUAACUAUGUAAAUAGAAGGGAGGGCUGGAAGAAGAGAAAACCCCAUGGUAGCGGCCCUCACGCUCCUGCCCCUCACGGUGAUACCCCUCCCAGCGAGAAGAAACAGAAAGGACAAGACACCUGCGUUGUAUGUCUCCAACAUGGAGUAGUGAAGUACAAAUUUGUGUGUUGUCGCGAAGGCUACUGCUCUGUCCCCUGUUUUCAGAAGCACGACAGAAAGGCCUGUUUGGAGGAACAAAGGAAUAAAGUCAGGAAAUUAAAUGCACUUAGGAGUGUAGAGAGUCAAAACAGUAAGCAUAGAAAGAGCGAUGUGGAAGAAAGGGCUGAUAACGCUACGGAGGAUGAUGAAGACUCCGAAGACGACUUCCUGACAGAAGACCAAAAAGUAAAGCUAAAGGAAGACAUCACCUUGAGGAUGCUACUUAAAAAUAAUUAUGUCCGUUCCGUUUUCAAGCAUUUUACUACAUCGAAGGAUAAAAUUGGUUAUCUCUCCAAUUAUAUUAACGACCCCACCAUUGUGCAGGUUGUCGAUCAAAUUAUGAAAUCAGUGGAGGGUUGA